AUGUUUGAUAAUCCAGGUUCAAUGCUUGCUUAUUAUUUAAAACUCCCUUUGGUGCAUAAUGCACGUUGGCUCAUCAGUGGAGAAGCUCAUUUUCUCUUCGCCCCUUCUCCAUUAUCUUAUAUCCCAGUGCCAGGUUCACAAUUGACAGACAAAAUGUAUUUUUUCCAAAGAACAAAAAAUGUCAUCUUAAGUCUUUUUCUUCUAUCUAUAACAGAAUUCCUGACUCACCCCAAAUAUAAUGAUCUCUGCCAUCACUACCUAGGCCCAGACAUAGACGUUGAGACUGUUCUUCUCAGUGCAGAUGUGUGGCUGAUGAGAGUAGAUUUUAUAUUUGAUUUCCCGAGACCCACCAUGCCAAAUAUUGUUUAUAUUGGAGGAUUCCAGUGUAAACCAUCUAAACCUCUAGAGAAGGUUAUCUGGAAACACAAUGGAGAGAUCCCUCCCAACAUAGGAAAUAAUACACUACUGGCAAAAUGGAUCCCUCAGAAUGAUCUACUAGGGCACCCAAAGACACGAGCCUUCAUUGCCCAUGGUGGCACCAAUGGGCUUUAUGAAGCCAUCUAUCAUGGGGUGCCAGUAGUUGGCAUACCUCUAUUUUAUGACCAGUUUGAUAAUUUACUCAGACUUGAAAUUCGAGGUGCAGCAACAGUGAUUGAUAUCUCCACCAUGCAGUCAACAGAUCUAUUGCAGGCACUUAAUGAUAUUAUACAUAACACAUCUUAUUGGGAGAACAUGCAGAAACUCUCAGCUCUCCACAGAGGCCAACCAGAGACUCCAAUGGAGAGAGCUAUUUUCUGGAUUGAGUAUGUAGCCCGACACAAAGGGGCGCCACAUUUGCGCCCAGAGUCUUAUAGACUUCCUUGGUAUGUUUACUAUUGUGUAGAUGUGAUGAUCUUUCUAUUGUUACUGUUCCUCAUGCUUCCAAUAUUGGUAGUUAUACUGAUCAAGAAAUUGUGUAACAUUGCUUGGCAAGAGAAACAAAAAAAUCUGUGA